AUGGUGGUGCUCGCUGCGAGGAAAGAACACUUUGACGGUCAAGGGCGUCUGCUGUACAAAUGGUUCGACGCCUUGCAUGCGUACUGGUGCGUGUUCUUACCUGAGGCGGUGACGUUGACGUGGAAGACGACAGUGAAGUAUUGGUACGGCUCAGGUGCUGAGCUCCAAAGAACGUGGGCUCAUACGUGGUUUGUUGUAGUUGUCUGGUGGACCGUGGUGACGCUGAUCGUCUACGCUACUUUCUACGGUGUGCUGUUCCUGUACGAAAUCGUCGAAGGUGUUUGUGUAGGGUGGCCUGGGGUAGUGAUCUUAACGGUGACGAUGGAUUACACGUUUGCGAGUAAUGGGGGCGUCGUGGGGUUAGGCGAGCGCGGCGAGGGCGUAGAGAUUCUGUCAGGGAGGAUGUCCCGACGAAGCGAAGGGAGGUACUUCACCGGCAACAGCGUACCCAAGGACGUGGUGACGUGCUGUUCGACUAAACAGAGCUCGACAUUGUUGGUGAGCGGCGGAUUCGUAGUUCGAGGACGCAGCUUGGCUGAUCCUCGGUGA